ACUUCCGCCCGAGGCGUGUUGCGACUCAGCAGCUGCUCGUCUCGUGUGGUGACGCAGCUGUUUUUUCUCGGCUAGGUCUGCUGUAACGGCCGGAGGCCGCCUGAGCUGCGGAGUUGCAGAAUCUGGCGUUCGGAGCUGCGGUUCUUGGCGAGAUUUCGCGUUUCCCGUCCUCAGCCAUUUCACCGAUAAUCAGCGGAUCGCUUUGCCAAGUACCGGGAAGAACAAAGGAAUUCGGAAGGAGACUCUCGGCUCCCGGUCGCCUUUCUCUGAGUGGCUUCGUUUUCCGCUCGCGCCUGUCCGGAGAAACUGGACUUAUAACCGUCACUGGAUUGAGCCGCCAUUUGCUUUCCCUGCGUUGUCCUGCAGCGGCAUCCAGAGGUUGGAACUUGGCAUUGCAGCUAACAGAUUUAAAUGGACCUGAGUAAGGCAAUGCGUCAUUAACGACUGGUAUUGUCACAGCAUAUUUAGAAAGACUUGGGGCUUAAUUCAGAAUAGACGCCUAGUUGCUGUUCUACCUAGAACUCUUUGUAAUUAAAGACUUCAAUUUAUAAAGAACUGGUCUUUCAGUUGAAAUAGCUGAAAUUUUUUAGUGCAACAAGUGGUUACUAGAGAAAAAGUGAGUCACAAAGAAAUAAAGAUGAGUAAGAGCAAAGAUGAUGCUCCUCACGAACUAGAGAGCCAGUUUAUCUUACGCCUACCUCCGGAGUAUGCCUCUACUGUGAGGCGGGCGGUACAGUCUGGUCAUGUCAACCUGAAGGACAGACUGACAAUUGAGUUACACCCUGAUGGGCGUCAUGGAAUUGUCAGAGUGGACCGGGUCCCAUUGGCGUCAAAAUUGGUAGAUCUGCCAUGUGUUAUGGAAAGUUUGAAAACCAUUGAUAAAAAAACCUUUUACAAGACAGCUGAUAUCUGUCAGAUGCUUGUUUGUACAGCUGAUGGUGAUCUCUAUCCUCCUGUUGAGGAACCAGUUGCCACUGCUGAUCCCAAAGCAAUCAAGAAAAAGGAUAAGGACAAAGAGAAAAAGUUUAUGUGGAACCAUGGAAUUACUCUGCCUCUAAAAAAUGUCAGAAAGAGAAGGUUCCGUAAGACAGCAAAGAAGAAAUAUAUUGAGUCUCCAGAUGUGGAAAAAGAAGUAAAGCGGUUGCUGAGCACAGAUGCUGAAGCUGUCAGUACCCGUUGGGAAAUAAUUGCUGAAGAUGAAACAAAAGAAGCAGAAAAUCAAGGCCUUGAUAUCUCUUCCCCAGGAAUGUCUGGCCACAGGCAGGGCCAUGACUCAUUAGAACAUGAUGAGCUUCGGGAGAUAUUCAAUGACCUCAGCAGCAGCAGUGACGAUGAAGAUGAGACACAGCAUCAAGAUGAAGAAGAUAUAAACAUCAUUGACACUGAGGAAGAUCUGGAAAGGCAGCUACAGGACAAGCUAAAUGAGUCAGAUGAACACCACCAAGAAAACGAGGGAACUAAUCAGCUGGUUAUGGGAAUUCAGAAACAGAUUGAUAACAUGAAAGGCAAGCUCCAAGAGACCCAGGACAGGGCAAAGCGACAGGAGGAUCUCAUCAUGAAAGUGGAAAACCUGGCUCUCAAGAACAGAUUUCAGGCUGUGCUGGAUGAACUGAAACAAAAGGAAGACCGAGAAAAGGAGCAGCUCAGCUCUUUGCAAGAAGAGCUAGAAUCACUCCUAGAGAAGUGAGAGUUUUGAUACUUAAUUUCAUUCCUGACGAUGGUCAGCCUUGAAAGAAAAACUUUGUUUUUAUCACCUGGACUAGAUAGUAAAACUUUGCAGUUGUUCCCAAUUUUCUCCACUGCCUUCUAUUGGAUUUGUUUUAUAAUUGUGAAUUUCUAUCAUUUGUUUUUGGAACCACUUUGGUGGGUGUUUGUCCUGUAGUAAGUAGGAAUAUAUAGACAGAUAAAUGUAGGGAAGUUGUAGGAUUAGUGGAGUGAACAGUUCAGUUUGGUAAUUAAUCACAGCUUCACUGCAGGACUUUGCUGCUGUUUCUCCGUUUACCAGAAGCUGCCAUUGCUACUCUGUGAUAACAUCUGAGAUAAAUUAGUAGAUUCUAGUUUGGUGGCAGUGAAGUUUGUUUACAUACGUUUUCCCAUGCUGUAGCUAUUUUCCCAGUUAUUAAAAGCAGUUUUCCACA